AACAAACGGUCAAGAACAAACGGUCAAGAACAAACGGUCAAGAACAAACGGUCAAGAACAAACGGUCAAGAACAAACGGUCAAGAACAAACGGUCAAGGACAAACGGUUACUUU